UUCUGUGUAAUAGGCCGAGACAAUUACACGGAUUUCAAAAGCACAAUUGAACGACAGAAAAGGUGUCCAUGAUGUCCGAGGCGCAGUCGGGUGUAGCGGAGGGAGGUCUAUCGCCACGAACAGGCCGCUCUAGUCGUUCGUGUUCGAUCCCUGUGCCGGGACACGCUGACCAUCAUUGCGACAGUCCGAGACGAAGUUUCGACGCAAUGACGAGUCAGACAGAGGAAGACCGCCUCGCCGAUGGACGACUGCUAGUCCUGAAAGUCAUCGGUAAAAUUAACCUGAGAAUAGACCGUCGAGAGUACGAUGAUUUGAAGAGUAUUGUCAAACAAAUACCAGGAGAUGUUUUGGUGCUGAUUCUAAACAAGCUUUCCAUCGACCGCCUUUAUCAGGAUGUUCCCAGCAGUUUAGGUGUUGUGGCAGCAGUGUACCAGAAAAUAAGCUCUGACUGCGGGGAUCGCUUCCCAGUAGGGAUUUUACGAGGGGACGACUUCAUUCACUAUCUCGUGCGGUAUUUUUCUGAACUCCUCAAAUUUAAUGAUCAAACCUUCUCGAGCGCGCGAUCACGCGAACACAUCAAAACAAUAUUUGCGAUAUGCUUGCAAAAUGACGAGCGUCUGAAAGAGAGGCUGCUAUUAAGAGUAAAACAAUUCGCAAGGGUACUAGAGGGUUUUGCUGAGCAUACGUUAGUAGAAAUAGUCAGUCGAUCCGCAUCUAAGUACUGUCUUAAGCUUCACGAAGCCUUAAGGAUAGAGAUGGAGCGUGCGACUGCGCACUAUAAGGUCGCUUUACACAGGUUUAACGAGGUGUUACAGAGGGUAUCACAUCAAAAUAUCGAUGUAGCUCACGCCGGAGCUAAUAAGGAAGAACUCGAGGAGCGAACAGCGGAGCAUAUGCGUCUUCUUACACGCAAGACCAUAGAGGAUCGUCUCUUCUUCAACCAAUCCGUGCUAAACGCAGUAGAUAAAGGCGCAAGGGGACAGGUUUCUGUCACGCUCUUAGCGGGCAAGCUGGAGUCGCGCGUCAAACACGAUAAAGAAGUACUCCAAAUAGUUAACCAUCUGAAGAAAGAUUUCGGCUGCGUACAUGACGAGGACACAGUUAUAGCGCUGCUGGAGCGAUUCCACAGCGCGUACGGGAUGGUCUACCAGCUGCUCAGCGAGUCUGAGAACGGGUCUUACUCAGGGGGGGAGGAGAGGAGCAUCCCACCCAAGCCCAGGUACGAGACCAUCAGCAUCUCGCUGACGGAGGGAUCCCUGGACGGACUGGAUGAUGCUGCCAGUGACACAGACGUGUUCGAGACGGUCACGCAGCUUGGCGAUGACGUAGAUCUUGACGGCAUCAGUUCAGCACUAAGUUCCACAGACUCAGAAGGCGGAACCAGCCUUGCGCCGAAGGACCGCAAGAGGAGCCGCGCCAGGAAGAUGUCAAAGCGAGCGAGUGUGGAGGAGCUGGUACGGACCAGGAAGGAACUGGAAAUGAAGGAAAAAGAGCUGCAAAAAGCACAAGAGACCAUCCAACAAAUGAAUGAACGGGAGCAGCAAAUGAAAGAGAGACUUGCUGAUCAGGCUCAGCGGCAGCUUCGUAAAGGUGGCAAGUUCGAGGACUUGUCGGAAGCUGAUUACCGUCCGACCAAGCUCGUAGAGGCUUACGAUAACCUGUAUACGCAGACUCGUGUUGAGGCGCUGGAUGGAGUGGAGGAGCUUGAAGUUUUUGAUCGACUUGAGGACAGCACGGACAUCAAGGCCAAGCUUCUUUUUUCUGUCGUUGUGGUAGCUUUUCGUACUGUGACGCGAGCACUGUCUGACAAAGUCCACCGAGUCAAGAAGAUUCUGGACAUACCUGAAGAGCGGCGGUCCCAGCAAGCAGAGGAGAUCAACGAGCAGAUAUCAGCGUACUUCAGAAGCUCUGCAAGUAAUUUCAACAUUAACGGCAUCAAACGGGACGUCAGCUCGCAGUUGUGGAAAACCCUGUACGACUUCCCUGAGCUGCAGGUUUGCAUGAAGCUUCAGCUUUUUAUCGAAGAGUGUGUGGACGUCGCGUGGAGGUUAUCGGUGCAGACCCCGCCCAUGGUGAUCGAGUACGAGAGCACGGUCUUCUCCGGAAAGAAGCAUACGAGAUUCUACACCUCUGAUAUGGAGGCCGACAAUAUCAAGUUUUAUGUGUGGCCGGCACUCAUGGACAAAGACAACGAAACAGUGCAUUACAAAGGUGUCGUAGUCACGUGACACAACUAUGUGUGACCGUCACUGAUGGACAAGGACAACCAAAAAUAGUGAUGUUAUGUUUAGUUUUUGGACAAAGCAGUUUAACCUCACUACAAAUGUAUUUCAAGAUAAUGUCCCAGGCUUAAACCGUAGCCAAAUCUAAACAAUGACCAGGGCAUACUUCUUAUACUAUCCUAUCGCCCGUGUUUGAAGGGUAAAAAAGAAAAUUCUACUAAAUGUUACUUCAUGAGAGGUCCGGGAAGACAAAGAAGAAUCACCGGUAAAUGGCUUAAAUGGAUUUGGUCACACGCGAUCAAUAGCUUGGUGUGAUAUAGCUCGGCCUAAGAUGCUUGAAAAAGUCGAAAUUCAAAGGCCUUUGGUCAGGUUAUAGUACUUUUAUGUUAGCUUGUUUAAAAUGGCUAACGAAUAAUUGAUAAGUUGAAGAUGCA